CUCUAUUAUUAUCAUUUUGCUGCUUUUUCUACCCCUAUCUGGAAGACAAGAUGGCGAAUGCUUCAUCUGGAAUGGCAGUGCAAGAUGAGUGCAAGUUGAAAUUUUUGGAAUUAAAAGCAAAGAGAAACCACCGUUACAUUACCUUCAAGAUUGAGGAUCAGCAGGUGGUGGUGGAUAAACUCGGCAACCCUGGCGACACUUAUGAUGAUUUCACCGCUUCUCUGCCGGAUAAUGAGUGUCGUUAUGCUGUCUAUGAUUUUGACUUCACCACUGAUGAAAAUGUUCAAAAAAGCAAGAUUUUCUUUAUUGCCUGGUCACCGGAUAGCUCAAAAGUGAGAAUGAAGAUGGUGUAUGCGAGUUCUAAGGACAGAUUUAAGCGAGAACUUGAUGGAAUACAAGUUGAAUUGCAAGCAACAGAUCCAAGUGAAAUGAGCCUUGACAUUGUAAAAGCUCGUGCAUUCUGAAAAUGCUCUUCUUCAACAACAUUCACAUUUGCCAACUUGUAUUAUUUUCAUUUUUGGUUGUACCCAUACACAUUGGAUUGUGGUCAUAAAUUGUAGUUUCUUUUCUAAUUAGGUAGAUAUAAUAUACAUAAAAGGUGGUUAUAUUGUCACCACAAUUUUUAUUUGAUACACCACAUUUUUUUUGCAGUUAAACUCCUUAGUCUUUGGUCAAUGUAAUAAUUAUUUUCUUAAAUUUUUUCAUUGAAUUAUCUUUAAUCUUCUAUUAAAUAGUACGUC